GGAGGGGGCAUUCAGCUUUCCACGUCAGUAGAGGACAAACCACACUACUCCAACAGGUCCCACACCCGAAGAUAAUACCACCAUGCUGCCCAAGAAAGCUCAGCUGAUCGGCGUGGUGGUAGUCAUCGCUGUGAUCGGUGUCAUUGCAGCCGUGAUAGUGACUCGCCAAUCUGACAGCAGCAGCUCGGUCACAGAGUCGUCAGGGACUGCUAACUCCGGCUCCGGUUCUAGUGUAUCUGGUGGCAGCUCGACCACUACUUCGUCUGGAAGCAGGAGCAAGCCAUCCAAAAAGAGCAACAACACAAGUUCUCGCGAAAGCUCAAUCACAUCUGACCCGGCUUCUGCGAAGUUUUCGCUAGCUGCGUUUGCCGUCGGUGACUGGGGAACGACCAUUUACCAGGACUCGUGUUGCACCCGCUCCGAAACUUACACCAACUUUGAUGUUGUGGCAGAGGAUGUCGUGGCCAGUCUCAUGAACACUCAAGCGGGCAACGCCGACAUCAAGCCCAAGGCUAUCCUCGGCCACGGCGACAACUUCUACUGGACGGGUAUUAACAGUGCAAAAGGACGCGAUUCUCGUUUCACCACAACCUUCGAGAAAAAAUUCAGUGGCGACAACCUAGCGUCAAUCCCGUUCGUGAACGUUGUGGGUAACCACGACUACGGUGGUGGCAGCUUCAUUUGCUCGAAAGGUGACGAAAACGCCAAGUGCAAAAGUGCUGAUGAUAUCGUUGAGGGCCUUGAGAACAAGUUUAAGUGGCAGCAAGAGUACACGAGUCCUAACGAUAACCGUUGGGUGCUGAAGGACCACUUCUACGUCUACUCCAUUGAAGACAAAGACUCGGGUGUGAGCGUUGACAUCUUCAAUGUGGACACGGGCGAUGCUGACGUACACGCUGCUCUCCAGGUGUGUUGCCAAUGCUUCGCUUACUCGGAGGGUGACGAUGAUUCAUGCAAGGGUGUUGCGCGUGGACAUGAAUUCUGCGCCGGAGGUGACACGGACAUGUACGACGCAUGCUUUGCCAAGUUUAAGGAGUGGGGCGAUGAUUCACGCAAGCAACUGGCAGAGAAGGUGGCAACAUCCACUGCAACGUGGAAGAUUGUCAACAGCCACUACAGUCCCCAUGUACACUACGAUGAGAAAGGUAUGCAGGAGUGGUUUGAUAUCCUGGAGGGCUCUGGUAUCCACGCCUGGGUUUAUGGCCACACGCACGGUGAGAAGCAUGACUACUCGGAGUCACUGGGUGUGCAUUUUGUGGAGAACGGAGCUGGUGGCGGUAUCCAGAAGGAGUCGGCUAGUGGUCUCACGACGUACGCAGCCAAGUAUGCUACAAACGUGUGGACGUACGGUGGUGACGAAUACGGUUUCUUCUCAUUGGAGGCGUCGGAGGAAUGGCUGAAGGUACAGUACCACACGGCUGACAAAUCGUGGGCGUUUGGCUCGACCAUGAGCGAUACGACCGCUGGUGGAGUUCAAACGAAGCACUGCUGGUACAUUCCUGCUGACGGUGCCGAAGGCCAGGAGUGUAAGUCGCAAAAUGUGUCGGCGUAG